UUCGCAGAAAGGACGUCCCUACGCUGCGGGCCUACGAUCCAUCCCUUCUACGGCUUGAUAACCGCCCCGCAAAGGAAUACACAACCCCCUGUUCCGUGGCCGCCUCCUCGCCUUGAAACCGCACAUCCCUCGAUAUGGAUAUCGACGCCCUCAAGGAGCAGUGGAGUGAAGUUGAGGAUCGCGAUGGGCUGCGGCUCAGCUGGAAUGUUUUCCCCAGCUCUCGUAUGGAAGCUUCGCGUCUCGUCGUCCCGAUCGGUGCUCUCUACACACCUUUGAAGGAGAAGCCCGACUCUCCCCUGCUGCAAUUCGAGCCCGUCGUUUGCAAAGCGCCGUGCAGAUCUGUUCUGAAUCCAUUCUGCCAGGUAGAUGUGCGAGCGCGCCUCUGGAUCUGCCCGUUCUGCCUUUCUCGCAAUCCCCUCCCUCCCCACUACAAAGACAUUACCGCAAAUGCGAUCCCUCCCGAAUUACAUCCGUCGAAUACGACAAUCGAGUACAGGCUCUCCCGGCCUGCCCCAAGUGCGCCCAUCUUCUUGUACGUAGUUGAUACCUGCCAGGAGGAGGACAGCUUGAAUGCGCUCAAGGAGUCUCUUGUCAUGAGCUUAAGCCUCCUGCCAGAGAACGCUCUUGUGGGGUUGGUGACGUUUGGCACCAUGGCGCAAGUGCACGAGAUUGGCUACACAGAGUGUCCGAAAUCAUAUGUUUUCAGAGGCAGCAAGGACUAUUCCGCAAAGCAGGUCCAGGAGAUGCUCGGAUUGACCAACCCCGGUUUACGGCCCGGAAUGCAGCAACCGGGUCGGCCGAUGGCACCAAUGGGGCCCGCGGCACGGUUUUUGCUGCCUGUACAGCAGUGCGAGUUCCAGCUCACCAAGGCUUUAGAGCAGCUACAGAAAGACCCAUGGCCGGUUGCGAGUGACAGAAGAAAUCUGAGAUGUACUGGCGUUGCGCUUAGCGUUGCUGUAGGAUUGUUGGAAACCUCGUUCCAGAAUGCUGGGGGACGGAUCAUGCUCUUUGCUGGUGGACCAGCGACUGAAGGACCUGGCUUGGUGGUUGGCCCCGAGUUGAGAGAACCCAUUCGAUCGCACCACGAUAUCGACCGGGACAACAUCAAAUACUACAAAAAGGCCCUGAAGUUCUAUGAUAACCUGGCCAAGAGGACCGCGCACAAUGGACAUAUCAUUGACAUCUUCGCUGGUUGUCUGGAUCAGGUAGGACUUCUGGAGAUGAAAGGUCUUUCGAAUUCCACUGGCGGCCACAUGGUCCUCACAGAUAGUUUCACGUCUUCCAUGUUCAAACAAUCUUUCAUCCGCGUCUUUGAGAAGGAUGCGGACGAUAAUCUCCUGAUGGGAUUCAAUGCUUCUCUGGAGGUUCUUACGACGAAGGAGUUAAAGGUGACUGGUUUGAUUGGGCACGCGGUAUCAAUGAACAAGAAAUCUACAUCCGUCGGAGAAACAGAGUGUGGCAUAGGCAACACGUGCUCCUGGAAGAUGUGUGGUAUCGACCCGAGCGCCAGCUACGGAAUCUACUUCGAAAUUGCUAGUCAAGGGGGCCCUGCACAACAUCAACAGACGCCUCAAAAGGGUAUGAUGCAAUUUCUCACAUACUACCAGCACUCGUCUGGUCAGUUCCAUCUCCGGGUCACGACCGUCUCCCGGAAUCUCAGCGGGCCAGCUGGAGAUCCAGCUGUUGCACAGUCAUUCGAUCAAGAGGCUGCUGCAGUGCUCAUGUCCAGAAUUGCCGUCUUUAAGGCGGAAGUGGACGAUGGCCCAGAUGUCCUACGCUGGGUCGAUCGGAUGUUGAUCCGUCUCUGUUCUCGAUUCGCCGACUACCGCAAAGAUGAUCCAUCAUCAUUCCGGUUGGAGAAGAACUUCACACUCUACCCUCAAUUCAUGUUCCACUUGAGGAGAAGUCAGUUCCUCCAGGUAUUCAACAACUCCCCAGAUGAGACCGCAUUCUACAGGCACGUUCUCAACCACGAGGAUGUCAGCAACUCCCUGAUCAUGAUCCAACCCACUUUGGAUUCUUACACCUUCGAACAAGAUGGCAGCCAGCCUGUCUUGCUCGACUCGACUUCCAUCCAGCCCACUCACAUCCUUCUCCUCGAUACCUUCUUCCAUAUUCUAAUCUUCCACGGCGAGACCAUUGCGGAGUGGAGGAAGGCUGGUUAUCAAGAUCAGGAGGGAUACGAGAAUUUUGCUAGUCUCUUGGAGCAGCCGAAGGAGGAUGCUAGGGACCUCAUCACCGACCGAUUCCCUCUGCCGCGUUUCAUCGUUUGUGAUGCGGGCGGUUCUCAAGCACGAUUCUUACUCUCGAAGCUUAACCCAUCCACCACUCAUACGACGGGUGCAUACGGCGGGGUGGGUGCGCAGAGUGCGCAGACUAUUUUCACAGACGAUGUCUCUUUACAAACCUUUAUGGAUCACCUGAUGAAACUUGCGGUGAGCGGGACAAACUGAGCGGGCUUUGAUGUAGCGAUUUUCAGGAACGGAGGAGGUAUCCAUCCUCAUGGCGAGCUGAAUGAAAGUAUAUCUCUGGAGAUGGGCGGAACGCAAAUGAGCGAACAUGUAUGAAAUAAGAUGGACAGACAGUAGCCCAAUCGAAAGUUCCAGUUUCCCAAUUGAAUGCGGGAUGGAGAAUAAGACUAGAUCGUGUGCCAACCUUUAUUUGAAAUUAACUACCCCUCAGGAAGUCUAAGCGACCUUUAGACAAUCCCCUUGAGUUAUCCAAACAUAAAUCUACAGAUUAAGACUUCUAUAAGUUUUAAAAAGCAGACUUGUUUCGCUGCUUCGUGAGACCGUGGGCACCUACCUUUCUCCCCUUUCAUCGUCGUAGCCGAGGGC